GUUCACCAAGUGAUUUCACACGCCUUUUCGAAAACAUGUUCGCAUGUACCGUUUGUUCUCGUUCGUUCACCAGACAGGAUAAUUUAAAUCGUCAUUUGAAUAACCACAGUAACCUCUCGUUUUCAUGUACCGUUUGCUCUCGUUCAUUCACCAGACAGGAUAAUUUAAAUCGUCAUUUGAAUAACCACAAAAACAUCCCAUUUUCAUGUACCGUUUGUUCUCGUUCAUUCACUAGACAGGAUAAUUUAAAUCGCCAUUUGAAUAACCACAAUAACCUCACAUUUUCAUGUACCGUUUGUUCUCGUUCAUUCACCAGACAGGAUAAUUUAAAACGUCAUAUGAAUGACCAUAAUAACCUCAAAUUUUCACGUGCUGAAUCUACAAGAGAAUUUAUGAUCAAAAGUAAUCUCGCCACUCAUCAGAAAACCGAGCACAGUAAGUAUAUUAUUUAAUUAUUAUUAUAUUUUGUUCUUUAAUAAUUUAUAUGUCAUUAGACUCAAUACAAAUCGCACCAUCGAUAAUUGUACCCGUCCAACAUGCAGCCCCAUCGACAUCCGGAGCCGGCAGUUCAGAAGACGUAAAUAGUGAUGAUAAGUACCACAAAAUGUUGGACCGCGUUGAUGUUAAAAAUACAGUACACGCUCUAUCUGAUUCAGACGCUAAUUUUUUUCCGAGAGAAAUAAAAAGAGAUAACGAUGAUGAAAUAAUAGGUAGUGGUAAAAAAUUUAAACGCAUGGAAGGCGUGAACGAUGGGUUUAACAUUUUUAAAUCGGCUUUUGACGGAUUAUGUAAAUCCAAUUUCGAGUAAAGUAAGUAAAGCUAAUCAUUCUAUCUUAUUAUUCAUAUAUUUAUGUAUUAACAUAAUAACUUACUUUAGGACUUCGAUUCGCAACCAUCACCACCAACGAUUGGCGGCUAUAUACCGCCAACCUUUUUACCAUUUUCACCACCAGACUAUUCGCCGGCAUUGCCAAGUUUCCGGACUCUUCUCAAAGAAAAGAAAGGGUUUGAUUACAACGACUGACCGUACGGGCCGCAAUUCAUAAAACCGUCGAGCGAGGAAGGCGAAUAAUGGCAGGUUAAUUAAAAUAUUUGUAAAAAAAAA